AGGAGGGCUGCGUCCGAACUGAAGAGCAAGUCACACUUGCGUGGCACUUUCUGAAGUGUUCUGUACAAUGUGGUAACUAUGUUACUCCUAUCAAAAAAAUAAAAAUGCAUAAAACAUUAGGAUUGAUGACAGCAAAUUUUAUUUUGCUGAAUAAGGUCCCAUUCGGUACUUCAGUACUUUCCCCACUUCCCCCACACCCCGACAUAGGGAAGUGCAUGAGAGAGUUGCCUGGCAACCAUAAUUUUUCCGGAAACAUUUCUAAAUCUCAGAGUGAUGGAGGAUCAAGAACAGGGGCCUGCAAAUGAUCUUGAGAGGAGGAUUAAUGAAGCAUUUGAGAUUUUCGACCAUGCUCAAAACAAAAACAUAGAUGUACGAGAAGUAGGAGCUGUAAUUAGAUCCUUGGGGUGCUGCCCCACAGAAGCACAGCUACAGGAGGUACUCAUGGAGGUGGAGGAUCCAGAUACCGGAAGUGUGUCCUUGGACAAAUUCCUCCCAUACAUGGUCAAUGUCAUCACGGAGUAUCAAAUGCAGCCAGCAUCAGCAGAGGCACUACUGAAGGCAUUUCAGGUCAUGGAUCCGGAAAGGAAAGGUUUUGUGGCAAAGGAUGUGCUGGUGCGAAACAUGCUUGAGCUUGGCGAACCUUUCACCCAGGAUGAGCUAGAGGAAAUGCUUACAGUGGCAGUGGACCCAGAAACGGGCACUGUCCCCUACGAAUAUUACAUUAACCAGAUUAUGGUAAAGGUGGAACCAAAUAUAUAUUCUUUAAUCCCCAAAAAGAAGCAAGUGAAACGCAGAAAGCUGGGAGGCAGCAUGCUGGGAGUUGCAGACGCAACAACCUGAGCCUCCAUUCCUGUCCCAGUCCCAAAGUAGAUUAGGGACACUUACAAUGUGCUCCAAACUCUCGUCUACAGUGUGGUCACGUGAGAAAACAAGACUCCUCUUUGUCAUCUGAACAGCAACAGGACUCAUGGCAGCAAUCGAUGCUGCCAUUUCAAAGGCAGCCUUCAUCAAACUUUAAAAUAGAAAGCAAAGUAAACUAUAGACACUGCCUGCUGACAAUGGCAAUGAAGAAAAAAUAGCAUUAAUAGGUUAACAGACCUUUCUUUAUCUGGGAAAACACCACUCACAAAUCCACAUUCCUUGGCUUCAGCAGACAGAAAUUUGCGAGCAGUGAGAGCAAGUUCGUUGACCAGGCUCCGACUUC